AUGUCGCUGCUGCAGGCCCGAGCGGAGAGCGCGGACGACGAGCAGCAAGCUCACGAAACGGCCACGUGUGUACAGCCAAGGAAAAGUCGGGCUUCUGAUAGGUUCAAUUUUCAACCAACGGAAAUGAGCCAAGACCCGUACCGAAUUACACCUCGUCACGUAACAAAGUUGCCCGGGGAGGAGUGUCUACCGAUCCGUUCGUGCGAAUAUGACCCAGACGACAUGGACCUUGAUGGACCUCUGGCGAGAAUGGCCAAUGCCACCCUGGGACAGGUACCCAACAUGGUCCCUCGUAUUAAGCUCUCAGCGACCUCGGAUCUCAAGGAGUUUCAUGGUGAAGACCAUGAUGAAGACCAAGCACGCAGUUGGGUGACCACUGUGAAGACCGCGCUCACGAGGGACCAAGCGCCAGAUGGGGAGAAGUGUCGCUCUGUUUGUGGAAAUUGGAAGAAUUUGUUCCAGGAAUUUCAGAUGCAGUUCUGUGGUUUGGGGGUGCAAGUGGCCCGCCAAUAUUACCACGCGAAGAAAAGGUCGGACGAAUCCCCGCUGGGCUACCUAUACCGUCUGAAUGUCAUUGGACUUCGAGCGAAGAUCAAGAUCAAGGAUGGGCCGCCCAAGAUUCAAAAGGAAUAUGCCGAACACUAUAUCGAGACAUUGGACGACCCUGACCUGGCGGACCAGUUGACCGUGUUACGUUUGGCUGAUGUGGAAGAGCUGGAGGAUGUACUAAGGGCGCGUCAAUGGACGAAAGCUCGACGGGGCAAGAUGUUGUUUGGGUCAGGCAAGUUUCGCCAGAAAGCACUGAUUACCCCUGAUCGGCCAAGGGAGUUGGAUCGCCGCUCUGUUCAUGCAGUUUGA